UCUAUAAAUGCAAGAAAAGCAACCUGCAUGAUUUCAUUUCAUACUACCUACAACGAAGAAGUUGAAACCAAAGACCAACAACUAGCACAACCACUUCACCUCCACAUCAAUGGCAUUCUUGUCCGCUUCCACCACCUCAACCACUGCCGCAUUCAUUGCACUCCUCCUCCUCCACCUUCACGGCUGCUCCGCCCAAGCAAUACCAAACUCCGACGUUGAUCUCAUGGAAUUUCCGUUGAACUUGGAGUACUUGGAAGCAGAAUUCUUCUCUUAUGGCGCUUUCGGAGGAGGAGUGGAGACCGCCGCUCCCAAUCUGACGAUGGGCGGCCCGCCGUCCGUUGGGGGUCGGAAGGCCUGCCUUACCCCACUCAUAAGAGAUAUCAUUGCACAGUUUGCACUCCAAGAAUUUGGACAUUUGAGGGCAAUUCAGAAGACAGUGAAAGGAUUUCCACGCCCACUUAUGGAUAUAAGUGUGGAAUCAUUUGCGACUGUGAUAAACAAUGCAUUCGGACAGCCUUUAGCGCCUCCAUUUGAUCCAUAUGCUAAUGACAUCAACUAUCUUAUUGCAUCAUACAUCAUUCCUUACGUUGGACUCACCGGAUAUGUUGGUGCAAAUCCCAACCUUCAAAGCCCCAUUGCCAAAAGGGUCAUAGCCGGGCUUUUAGGAGUGGAAGCGGGCCAAGAUGCUGUGCUGAGGGCAUUACUCUACGAGCGUGCUUUCGUCAAAGUAUGGCCGUAUCCUUACACAGUGGCGGAAUUCACCUACAGGAUUUCAAACCUUAGAAAUCAGCUUGGGAAAGAUGGUCUGAAAGAUGAAGGACUAGUAGUUGUACCGCAAGUAGGCGCUGAGGGUAGAGCUUCCGGCAACGUGCUUGCUGCUGAUCAAGACUCAUUGUCUUAUGGUCGAACGCCUGAAGAAAUACUCAGAAUCGUGUAUGGAACUGGGACGGAGAAUGUGGCCGGGGGAUUCUUCCCAAGAGGUGCUAAUGGUAGAAUAGCCAGAUCCUAUUUGCACCUUUGACGUCCAACAUUUGAUGUGGGAUUGGGUUUCAGUAUUAUGUAUGUGUACUGAAAUGGUGGAGAAGCAUACAUAUAUAAUAUGAGUAGUAAAUAAACUGAGAGUUGUGUGUACUUCUUCAUCAUUUUAUCCAUUAUGUGAAUAAAAUUGUGGUAAUCCUCACCAACCAUAAA